AUCAUCCUCUACGUUAUCACUCGGGAUAUUAUCGCUGUAGUCGAUGCUGUGGUGGUCCUGUAGUGCGUAUAUACGCUUUCCUUCUCCCUUCUCCGACCUUCUCCGUUUCUCCCACGACACGCUUGGGAUUUAAUCGGGCACUCGAACAGCUGUUGCUCACAUGCUGACAGAAUACGAUCGACCGUUGUGGCACGUGUAUCGUUCUGCGUCUCGCAUCCGCGCCAAGCACGAACGUACGCACAAUCUUGAUUGGCAUAUUGUCACACGUUGCGCAACGACGAAAAUCGAGAGAAAUCAUUUCCGCGAAAGAAAGAAAACGCUUCGAGUGACGAAUCUCGUGCGUGUCGACCGCGACUUUUCACGGCUAACUUCUUCCGAGUGGAUUUCUGAUUCCCUUCGCGGUUAACUUCAUUGUUUAUACUACGCGGCGUGUCGUAACGGAACGUAAGGCUACGUAGCCAUUCACCGUGAAGGACACGUGCGGUUCCGUAGAAGCAAAAGGGAUCCGACAAAGAGAGAGAAAGGAAAGAGAGAAACGAGGAACGUGAUAACGGAAAAAAUCAUUUGAAGGGUAACGUCGCAUCAUUAGGCCAGAACGAUAUCGCAGCAACAUGAAUCUGUCAUUCGCCGGCUGCGGCUUCCUCGGCAUCUACCACGUCGGCGUGGCGGUUUGCUUCAAAAAAUACGCGCCACACUUGCUGCUGAAUAAGAUAAGCGGCGCGUCCGCGGGCGCUAUCGCCGCAUGCUGCUUGCUCUGCGAUCUGCCCCUGGGCGAAAUAACGAGCAAUGUAUUACGCGUGGCACGUGAAGCGCGGCAACGGACACUUGGGCCGUUCAGUCCGUCCUUCAAUAUACAAGAGAUUUUGCUGGAAAGUUUACGAAAGUUUCUUCCGGACGACGCACAUAUCCGCGUAAACGGUAAAUUACACAUUUCUUUGACCAGAGUAUACGAUGGCAAAAAUGUGAUUAUCUCUCAGUAUAACUCCAGAGAAGACUUGUUGCAGGCUUUAUUAGCCACUUCGUUUAUACCGCUGUUUUCCGGUUUGCUGCCACCGCGGUUCCACGGCAUCAGAUACAUGGACGGUUGUUUCAGCGAUAAUCUUCCUACACUCGACGAAAAUACUAUUACCGUUAGUCCGUUUUGCGGAGAGAGCGAUAUUUGCCCGAGGGACAUCUCGUCUCAACUUUUUCAUGUUAAUCUUGCCAACACAAGCAUAGAGCUCUCGAAACAAAACAUAUAUAGGCUCACGAAGAUACUAUUUCCACCUAAAAUAGAGACUCUCUCAAAUAUGUGCAAGCAAGGAUUUGACGAUGCACUACGGUUUUUACAUCGUAAUAAUUUAUUGAACUGCACAAGGUGUCUCGCUGUUCAGUCGACAUAUGUAGUCCAGGAAACAAUUGACGAUAGUAUGGAAUACGAUCCGGAAUGUGUGGAAUGUAAAAUGCAUAGACAGGAAGCAUUAGUAGCUAAUAUGCCUGAGACUAUGAUGACAAUAUUCCAAGAUGCUAUAGAUUCUACUAACAAGGGUCUUGUUAACUGGCUGUUUAAGCAUCGUAGUAUGAAAUUGUUAUCGCUGUUGAGCUUACCUUGCACGCUACCGGCAGAUGUAAUGUACGCCACAAUCUCAAAUCUGAUUGGUAACAAGAUAGAAACUCGUACCUUGGAAUACAAAGUAGUCGGAAAUGUUCUGCGGAUUCCGCAACAGGCGCUUACUUGCAAUAAGCAUUUAGCACAGCCCCGACUCAUUAUGAACACCCCGAAACUACGAAAUAACUUAAUGGAAUUAACUAGAUAUGUCUUAGAACAAUUGAGUAUAAUGUUCCCGAAGAUUAAUGUCUAUACCGAGCCAUUGCCUCAAACGAUCAAGUAUUAUUUUAACAUCUUAGAAUAUGAUUCGAAUAUAUACGAUGUCCAGGCUAUAGAUGAGACAGACGCUGUAUAUAAAAAGCAAAAGAAUCUAAAUUUGACAGUCCAAUACAACGAACGUGGACAACCAUGGGGAGAUUCUAAGAAAUCGAGUUGUGUAAUAAAUAUGGGCGACUUUACAUCGGUGGAUGAUACUUUCGAAAAUAUUCUUCAGGCAACUUCGGAUCAAGAGGCUGUAAUAGCAUAUUAUUAUAUGGAUGAUAACAACAAAGUGCAAGUAACUGAGAUUUUUGAUGUAACAGAAUCGGAAUCACAUACCAUGCUUUCGGUAGAUGAAGUCGAUACUAACAAAAAACUUCAAUUUGAUGAUUGGGAUGAAUCUACAUGGUUAUCUCAACAUACACUCAACGAUGCAGUUACGGAGUCUCUUUAUACUGAUGGAAAUCAACAAAGCAUGGAGAACUUAUCGGAUGUGUCAAUAGACGAGAUACUGAAUAGUGCAAAUAUAUUCUCUGAUCCAGAAAGCGAAUGGGAAGUAGAAAAGGACCAAGAACAAGUGGAGAUGCCUAAAUCUCCAGACAGUCGACCGGAAGUAGAUCAACCAUCUACAAGCUUGCUAUAGAAAUAACUAUAGUAAGCCUGUUACUAUUAUAAUAUGUAAUAUAAUUAUAUAAAAUGCAGAAUCUUAAAUAAUAUAUUGCAAAAACGUAUGCAAUAUAUUAUUUAAUUAGCCCUAUUUAAUUAGCCAUAAAUAAUAUAAGAUUGAGAUAUAUUAAAUUAAUUUCUAUGAUACAUGAAUAUAUAAAGAAAGCAACAUAAAUUGAUUAGAAAGGAAAAAAAUUUUUUUAUUUGAAAGUUUAUAUGCUACAAUACAAUACAAUACGUUUCUACUGUAUUAUUGUUUUAACUAUAAAAUGAAAGUUUUAAAGUAACACAAUACGUGUAGCAUUUAAAAUAUUAAAUGAUCUACUUUAUCAAAUAUGAUUUUGCAAGAUAUAAUUAAAAUAAAGCACAAUUAUUGAACACGUGCCAAUAAUGCUAUCUGCAUUUAAGUGUCUGUAAUAUGACGUACAACAGUAUUCUCUCAGUAAUUCAAGUUUACUAACUUGGAUUUGAAAAUUUAACGAGUGUUUGCAUGAGUUGACACAUUUCAUACAAAGAGACUGAUGUAUCGGUGAUCAAAGAGGAUGAUAUCCCAAAAUCAUAAUCAAAAUAAUUUUUAAAUAGAAACUCUAAAAACCGAUUUUUCCUUGAAAAUAAAAAUAUUGAGACAAUUAUAUUUUUUUAUAUUCAUUGACUGAUAAUAGAGGAUUAGACGAAUUAAAUUUCAGGAGAAAAAAA